CUCCUUAACAGUUGCCAGGCUUUCACCCGGGAUGUACCAAGUCCCUCGUCACGCGCGGCAGAAGUUGUUUUGGUUUUUAUGUUUCGUUCUUGUUUCCAUAUCUUGGGGAUUCGUAUUCUGGACAGGAGCUGUGAUAGUUAAGCGAAACUUAGAGUCCAACUGAUAAAAUAUCAUUCUGAAUUGUCAAGUUGAAUGGAGCUCACUGAUCCCCAAAAUCCCAGGCUUUUAACAAAUCUCGAAGUCCUGAAGAUUAUCAAAGAUAAACUUGAAUCGAAAAAGAAAGUCAGACGCCAGCAAACGCUAUUGUAUACAGGCGCAAAGUAUUUAAAUACUAAGUCACCUUGUAGCAAACAAACAGAGUCAGGAGUACAGGGAUUUGCUAAUGAUGUCAAGGUAUUUGAUUUAACAAAGUCUGAAAUCCUAAUGCUUAUCAAUCACUGUCCCAGUAGUCAAGUGGAGCUAUCAGUAGUGAGUUAUAUUGUUUUUGAAACAUCCAUAUAUACGAUAGAUAUACGUUCUCACAACGAAAUGUGUUGUCAUUUGUUUUUGUGUACACGUUGCCACUGAAAAUAGACAUUCUAUUACAGUUAGGCGUUUGUACACCCCCUUGGAGAUAGUUCUGUUGAACGUCUAUGUAAACCAUUUGGCGAUAACUCGAUGUUAUUAUUUGUGGUUGACAGCUCGUGGCACGUGAUUAUACAUCUCAUAUUUUAUUCUCCAAAGCUUAAAAUCAGUUACUUAACACGAAACGUCUCUUCGAAGAUACUGGUUUUUUGGAAUAACCUUUUAUAAUUUUGCAAAAUUAUGUACACUUGAAGUAUUGGGUUGACUAAAAUAGUUCCACAAUCAUUCUCAUAACUCCAGUUAGUCACUUUCAGAUAAUCAGCGAUUUGGAUUCUCGAUUAUCUAACAGUCAAGCUGACCAACUUCUACAAUUAGUACAAAAGCAUUUUCCCGAUGGUGUUACUGCAAGUCAAAUGAUCAAUUCCACUGGUACAUUAGAGGCAUCUGAAGAUGUCACAUAAUUAUUACUACUUGUAUUUAUCUUUUAUCCUAACAUAAAUAUAUUUUACUAGUCUUUC